AUGUGGGCGAAUUUGCUCUCGCUUGUGCUUCUUUCGCAUGCAGUCUCUGCGUGGUCAGCGCCAAGCUGCACCGCGUUCAAGCGAGAAGACGGGGAUGCUUUCAACUGUAAAGGGCAAGUGACGGCUGCGGAGGCGGCAAAGUUCAGCAUGCGGCUCUCGAACGCUUCAUGGGUGAGGCACUUUCAGCUCUUUACCAACGUCACGGCAAGCGUGCCAGACUCCGGAGGAAGCAGAGCCUGUGAGCAAAUUACACAUCUGGAUGCAGGGAUGCACUAUGUGAACCAUGUGGUGCCAAUCAACGAUGAAAAUUUUGCCAAGGAAGAGCAGACCUGCUUGAAAACGGUAAAGACGAACAGGUUCUUCUGCAUCCGAGGCACUGGACAUGAGCGAGGCGCACUCGUUUCAGUCGGGAUUCAAGCCAGCGUGAAUGCCCAACUACAGGUCCGUGUUGCAACUCAGGAAACCCUUGACGACAGGCUUAGACGAUUUUCCUUGGACGUUGGUGGCAGCAAUGGCCGUGCUGCCUUUCACAUGUUUACAAUGCCGGAAGACCCGGGGCUGGACUUGUGGCGCUUGAGCCUCAAUGUGCCGGACCACUUCCAGAGAGCAGGCGUUGGUUAUCAUGCGUACAUCAUGCAUGAGUCGUCACCAUGUAUAGCCAAAGUGAUUCAGGAAGGGGGUUGCCUGGACCCUCUCCAGGUCUGGUCGUGUUUCCAGUCCGUGCCUGUGUCAUUUAGGCCCCCCAGUCCAACUGGAAACAUGCAGAUUGCAUUAAGUGAAAGCUUCACUAAGUCUGGCAUGAUGACGAUCAGCAGAGGCUCUGUACCGGGCAUUCAAUCAGGCAGAUGGCUGCUCUUUGUGGUCUGCAAUUUGAGGUAUCUGAGAACUACUUCGAACCCAGCAUGCCCGGAAGCGCAUCUGGAGGUUGAGCUUCACUCGGAGUAUGACCAGCUGCAAAAACUCCGGACUGGCACUGCCAUCAUGAUAUUUGGACCUGCUCUGGUUCUUUUUUGUGUCAAUGCGCUGUACUGGCUGACCUACAAGUUUCUGAACUAUGUGAACCCGCAAGCCCCGUCACAGUCUCGGCACAGUUUAUGGCCAGUCUUUAUGUCUAUGCCCAAUCACGAGCACUUGGCAAUGCUCAGGGAGAAGAUGACGCUCAUCUACGAGCCUGUGCCUUUCUUCCCAGCGCUGCUAGCUUUGAUGAUUGGCGUGUUCUUGGCGACAGCUGCCCAGUUCGUCAUCACACAUUUUGGAUUGAUGGCACGGACGGGGAACAGAGAUAUUUGCUUCUACAAUGAGAGGUGCUACCAUCCAGGCAUCGUGUGGGACGUACCCUGGAACCAUAUCUUGUCCAAUCUUGCAUACUUCGUGGCUGGUGUGCAUACGAUGCUGCAGACUUUCUUUGCAGAGAGCCGGUGCCGACACUUCAUGCACAAGACCAUGGCGGCCUUGUUCAGAAGCGUAAAUUUGGACCCAUGUGGCAGCCUCACCAAGAAAGAAUGGGCUGCAAUCUUUGAUGAUGCCGACGUCAACAGGAAUGGGGUUGUGUCCAGACAAGAAUGGCAGGAGCGGCACAGGGACGUGAUUGCAUUUGACUUCAUUGACGAGACAGAUGCUGGCAGUCUCUCUCGCGAGGAGUGGUUCGCUGCUUUCGCAAGGCUGGAUGCCAAUGGCGAUGGUGUGCUCACUAAGGCCAAGUUUCAGUUGGCAUCGCGGGCAAUCGAUGUUCGGGCGUUCUACGCGAUUGCUACGACUUUCAUCGCCGAAGGUGUAGGAAGCAUGUGUUACCACCUUUGUCCAUCCGUGGAAACAUUUCAGUUCGACACUUGCUUCAUGAUCUCCAUUGCGCACUUGCUCACGAUUGCUCUUGCCGAUUGGGGGGAGCCAGACUUCGACAUGACAGCAGCCCUGAAAUACUUUGUUUACAUCCUAACCCCAAUAUGGUUGAUCAACUUCAUCGGCACGUGGUACGACAUCCACGUCUUUAAUUGCACCUGGAUCUACUGGACGUAUACUUCCUUGGUGGUGAUGUGGACUGUUGGCGCCGUCACUAGCCUGAGGCGAGUGUUUGCAGGGCCUGAUAUGGGGACCUGCAGCAUGUGGACGAUGAGGCUUUUGCAAGGCCUGAUUGUUCUUGUGGUAUGUCUGGUCUAUGUAGACCCCAAUGCACGAGAGAGCCUCGGGGGAACGGCAAACACCUUCCUGCUACUCUCCAUAGCGGUGAUGGCAGUUGUGGUGAGCCGACAGAUUUACAUGCAGGACUUUAGGUUCAUGGCUUGCGGCGUGCUAGACAUUGGCGGGCGCAUUCUCAAAUACAGCUAUCUGAUAGUCAUGAUCGCCGUUGGCUUGGCAUCCCUCCAGUGCUUCAAUGAGAAGGUAGUUAUUGUCACUCCGGAAGCAACGCCAGCACAGAGCCAUGAUGCAAAUCAAGACUGUGUUUUCAGCAUCUUCGACUUGCAUGACUGCUGGCAUCUCCUCUCGGCAGUGGCAUUGGCGCUCUUUACCAUGUUCUUGCUGGACAUACGUGUGAACUCUUGGGCCCGCAAGGCUGGAAUCCAAGUCAUCGCCGAGCUGCCCGCAGACCGCUAUAUGCCAGUGUCUGACUUGGAUACCUCUGUAGAUGAGUUGCGGGACCUGAAAGUUCGCAUCACUCGCACAACAUCAACAACCAGCUGCAACAGUGACCUUGAAGCCGCGAGUUUCUCUGAAGGGAUGCUGAAGCCGUGA